GGGCGGGGACUGGUCCGUGUCUCGUGCACCACUGUCCACACGCCACACUGUGAGCAGCACGGCUCGUGCAGCGGCUGCGGAGGAGGGCGUGAGCGUGCGCGAGGAAACCGGGAAGCAAGCAGACAGCGACGGUGAGCGUAGAGGGAGCGCGAGCUCUCGGUUUUUACCCACGGAAUUGUCGCUAGCAGCCACGAGUGUGACGCCGUUAACACCAGACCUCUUCCCUCAGUCAAGACGUCCGUCUCGAGCGACAUGGCAGACCCCGCAGUCCCAGAGCGCAGCGAUGGAGACGGCGCGGAGGGCGCGCGGGGCUUCGCCAGACAGGGAGCUCUGAGACAGAAGAAUGUGCACGAGGUGAAGGAGCACAAGUUCAUCGCGCGCUUCUUCAAACAGCCGACGUUCUGCAGCCACUGCACCGAUUUCAUCUGGGGAUUCGGCAAGCAAGGCUUCCAGUGUCAAGUGUGCUGUUUUGUGGUCCACAAACGCUGUCAUGAGUUUGUCACCUUUUCCUGUCCUGGGGCAGACAAAGGACCAGCGUCAGAUGAUCCUCGUAGUAAGCACAAGUUUAAGGUGCACACGUAUUCCAGUCCCACGUUCUGUGACCACUGUGGAUCACUGCUGUACGGCCUCAUUCACCAAGGCAUGAAGUGUGAACACUGUAUGAUGAAUAUCCAUAAGCGAUGUGUUGCCAACGUUCCAAGUCUUUGUGGAACCGAUCAUACAGAGAGGAGAGGACGCAUCCACAUCACGGCCCUGAUCAAGAACGACACACUCACGGUCACCGUGCAGGAGGCUCGUAACCUGGUGCCCAUGGACCCAAACGGCUUGUCGGACCCUUAUGUGAAGCUCAAGCUGACCCCUGACCCCAAGAGUGAGAGCAAGCAGAAGACCAAGACCAUCAAGUGCUCCCUGAACCCCACAUGGAACGAGACCUUCAGCUUUACUCUUAAGGAGGCGGAUAAGGAUCGACGUCUCUCUGUGGAGGUGUGGGACUGGGAUCUGACCAGUAGGAACGACUUCAUGGGCUCUCUGUCCUUCGGCAUCUCGGAGCUGCUCAAACAAGGCGUCAAGGGAUGGUUUAAACUCCUAGGACAGGAAGAAGGUGAGUACUUCAACGUUCCUGUACCUGAUGAAGAGGACGGCAAUGACGAACUACGCCAAAAGUUUGAGAGGGCUAAGAUUGGUGGAGGCUCAGAGACGGACGGCUUCUCACCCAAUGAGAUCUCCAACUACGAUGCCAACGGCAACCAGGACCGCAUGAAGCUCUCCGACUUCAACUUCAUCAUGGUCCUGGGAAAAGGCAGCUUUGGAAAGGUGAUGUUGGCUGAGCGUAAGGGCUGUGCAGAUGAGCUGUAUGCGGUGAAGAUCCUGAAGAAGGACGUGGUGAUCCAGGACGAUGACGUGGAGUGCACCAUGGUGGAGAAACGUGUGCUCGCCCUGUCAGGAAAACCACCCUUCCUCACCGCACUCCACUCCUGCUUCCAAACCAUGGACCGGUUGUACUUUGUGAUGGAGUAUAUUAAUGGCGGAGACCUCAUGUACCAGAUUCAACAAGUGGGCAAAUUUAAGGAGCCGCAUGCAGUGUUCUAUGCAGCAGAAAUUGCCAUUGGACUGUUCUUCCUUCACCUAAAGGGCAUAAUUUACCGGGAUCUAAAGCUGGAUAAUGUCAUGCUGGACUCCGAGGGUCACAUUAAGAUAACAGACUUUGGAAUGUGCAAAGAGAACAUGGUGGACGGCAUCACAACCAAGACCUUCUGUGGUACACCUGACUAUAUCGCCCCAGAGAUUAUAGCCUAUCAGCCAUAUGGGAAAUCAGUUGACUGGUGGGCGUUUGGAGUACUGCUCUACGAGAUGCUGGCCGGACAGCCUCCGUUUGAUGGAGAGGAUGAGGAUGAGUUGUUUCAGUCCAUCAUGGAGCAUCACGUGUCCUACCCCAAGUCCAUGUCCAAGGAGGCCGUGGCCAUAUGCAAAGGACUGAUGACGAAGCACCCAGGCAAGCGGCUAGGCUGUGGAUCGGAGGGGGAGCGGGACAUCAAGGAGCACGCCUUCUUCCGCUACAUGGACUGGGACAGACUCCGCAACCGGGAUGUGCAGCCGCCCUUCAAGCCCAGAGCAUGCGGUCGCGACGCUGAGAACUUUGAUCGUUUUUUCACGCGUAACCCCCCCAUCUUGACCCCCCCGGACCCCGAGCUCAGCUCCCAUCUGAAGCAGGCUCACUUCCAGGGCUUCUCAUUCGUCAACCCCCACUUCCAUUCUGACCAAUCAGCUCCCUUCUGAAGCAGGCCCACUUCCCUUCUGACCAAUCAGCUCCCAUCUGAAGCAGGCCCACUUCUCUUCUGACCAAUCGGCUCCCAUCUGAAGCAGGCCCACUUCCCUUCUGACCAAUCGGCUCCCUUCUGAAGCAGGCCCACUUCCCUUCUGACCAAUCGGCUCCCUUCUGAAGCAGGCCCACUUCCCUUCUGACCAAUCGGCUCCCUUCUGAAGCAGGCCCACUUUCCUCACCACUACACCCCAUCCCACUGACACACAGGCAGACCAAUCACAUGCAUUGGAGAUGGCGGUUGACCAGUCACAGGAGACACCUGGAACUGACCUCAACACUGAAAGAGCACUGACAAACUAUUGCACACACACACACACACACACACACACAUACACACACCCUGUUCCACAACUCAGACUAAUAACACAACAGAUUGUGAAGUACUUAUACUGAUGUCACAUUUUUACACACACACAGAGACAAUAUCUUGAUGGUGAUGUCAUGUAUUAUCACUGUUAUCUGAAGUUGUGCCUUUAUUACUAAUGAUGUGCCUUAUCACAAAGGAGAGAAGGGACCAAACUGUAAACACAUAUUAUACACACACACACACACACACGCACACACACACAUAUUAUAUAGACACACAUGCACAUUAUAUACACACAUAUACACACACACACACACACAUACUGUACACAUUACACACAGACACACACAUAUUAUAUAGACACACACACACAACAUUAUACACACACACUUUCACAGACACAGGUGUGAAGAGCUGUCAUUAUUAGUUGAUACACACACACAGACACUCACACACACACACACACACACACACACCCACACAGACACUCACACACACGCAUACACACACACACGCACGCACGCACACACACACACACACACACACACACACACACACACACCUGACUCUAGCAAGUUCAUGUGACUCUACUGUGGUCAUUAGACCCAGUCAUGAUCAUGUGACUCAUUGUGGCCAUUGCAUUGUACUCCAUAAUGAACACUCCUGCAUUGCAGUAUAUGAUGAUGAUGAUUAUGAUGAAGAUUAUUAUGAUGAUGACCCCCACAUGCUGAUCUCUUUUACAUGGUAGGGUGUAUGAUCAUUUGGUGAUUAUAUAAAUAUAUCAGUGAAGAAAACAUA